CUCUCCCCUAUCAACCUCACCUUGUUUCACUGUCCUGGAUGGUCUAGACCUUCAAACCGUGUGAUGACUGCACAUGAAGCCUAGCGUAGUAGUCCUCCUCUCAUCAUGAAUCUGACUCCUGGUAGCUGUACGGCAGAGAUGCCGUUUGGAUACCAACCCCGUUUCAAAGGCCUUUACAUCGCCACUGAGCUCAUCAUCGCCGUGCUGGCCAUCAUAGGCAACUUCCUCGUUUGUCUGGCUGUCACCCGAAACAAGAAACUUCGCACCGUCACCAACUACUUCCUGGUAUCAUUGGCAGUGGCGGACAUCCUGGUGGGCUUGGUGGCCAUUCCCUGCGCAGUGCUGACAGACUUGGGUCAACCUCGUCAUAACUUGCCCCUCUGCCUGGUGCUGCUCAGCAUCCUGAUGGUUCUCACACAGAGCUCCAUCCUGAGUUUGUUAGCAGUAGCAGCAGAGCGGUACAUGGCCAUCCUUCUGCCCUUCCAGUACCAGCGAGUCAUGAGCCCCAGGAACGCCCGGCUGGCGCUGCUGGUCACCUGGGGGCUGGGGGCCAUCUCUGGCUCCGUGCCGCUCAUGGACUGGCAAAGACAACCUGCAGAUUCUGACUACUGUAUCUUCACUUGUGUGGUGGACAUGAGCUAUUUGGUCUACUUCAACUUCUUCUGCGGUCUCCUGGUGCCACUAGUCGCCAUGAUUGUCAUCUACAGCCAAAUCUUCCUGACCGUCCGCCGCCAGCUCAGGCGCAUCGCUGUGGUCAGGGGAGCCGCAGAGGACAGGAGAGCUGCUGGUAGUGGGAGCUCUGGGACACAGGACACUGAGAGCUCAGCUGCUGCGGGAACCACAGGAGGCAGAGCAGACAUGGGGACAGGAAAAGGAACCAAGCGUUCGGGGAAAUCUGGAUCCACCUCCAGCUCCGCUCCUGCUGACCCCCGUCCAGGAGAGUCCAACAAGGCCAAAUCCAACAUCCGCACCCGUCAGGAGCUGCGUAAGGCCACCUCCCUCUUCCUGGUCCUGUUUCUCUUCAUGGUGUGCUGGAUGCCCAUCCACCUCAUUAACUGUGUCCUGCUGCUCUGCCCACAGUGUGAGGUGCCCAUGACGCUCACACUAGCGGCUAUUUUGCUUUCACACGCCAACUCCGCCCUCAACCCGAUCCUGUACGCGUACAGGAUGAGGUCGUUCCGACACACUCUGAUAGCAAUGUGGAGAGGAAUGUGGAGGAUUGGGCCAAGAAGCCAGUAG